AAGGAAACCACUGUGCGGGUGCACGGAUUCCUCGCCUCGGCCGCGAGUAGACGACCUCCUUCCGACUUACUUCACGUCACCCCGCCCGUCUGCCCGCCGUCUCCUCCCUAAAACCUCAGCCGCGACCAUCCCUCGGAGCGACUUUGGGCCGAGCAAGAAAUAGACCGACGGAGGCAGCGGGGGAAAGUGCGUGCGUGUGUGCGUGCGCGCGUGUGUAAGAGAGGGAGAGGGAGACACAAAAUCCAUGCAGACUCCCAACAUCACCUAGACUACCUGCUCCGGCACAACAAGGGGGGGAGGAGGACGCACAAGUGCGGGAGCGUCCAUGCGUGCCAGGCGAACAACACAAUAAAGCAGGCGACGCUCCGCAAAUCCAACCCUGGAAUAAGAGUUUAGGCUCAGAACUCUUUGGAGGAGAGCACAGCUUUGCCACGAGAACAACGUUGCCUAAAUGAGUGCACGGUAGGAAGAGUCAUGCAUCUCAACAGAGAAGAAGACAACAGCAAAGGACCCUUGUCUCUCAGUGUUUUCCUGGUGUCUGUAGCGUUUGUAGUUUGUGCCGUUUGGCUGGUAGCUCUAUGUGGCGUCUGCACCUGGUGUCAACGUAAACUGGGGAAGAGGAAUAAGCCUGGGGUGGAGGCCGCCAGCUCUCCGGAUUCCGUGAGAGGUCGAGGGGAAAAUAAAGCCAUCAACGAACUAGACAGAGACUUUUGGAAUAACAAUGACAGCAGCAACGUGCAGCAGCGGUGGAGCUCCUACCCGCCCAAGGAGUUCCUCCUAAACAUGUCUCCCUACGCGCCCUACGGAGACCCUCGCCUCACGCCCAACGGGGCCGCGGACAAGGGUGGGCCGGGUGGCGCUGGACCCUCGCCGGGGGCCAGCGACGGUGGGGGCGGCGCUUGCUCGGGGAAUGGGGCGGGGCCCAGCCGCAGCGACAGCGUGCGCAGCAUGGUGACGGGGGGCAGCAAGGCCGGGCGCUGGCAGAUGGUCCAGAGCCACAUGCAUGCCGGAGGCCUGCGAUUUAGCAACUUCGGGGACGCUUCCCUCUCCUCCGCCUCCACCCUGGAGCACAUCCCGUCCUCGGCGGUGGCGCGCCCGCGGCCCCUGGUCCGGCAGCAGAGCCUCCAACAGCCCCUCACUCACCAGCCCCCUCCGGGUCCCAACGAUCCCCCGGUCACCUCACAGAGCCUGGGCCAGCUGCACACGGGUCCGGGCGGCGGGGGCCACCGCGGGGGCCCGCGGGGGGUCCGGGGGAGUCCGGCUGGAGCCUCCCGGUACAGAGGAACAGGGGCGGGCCGGUCCAGGUCCAACCCGGGGAGCUGGGAUCACAUGAUGGAGCAGAUUCGCCACAGAGGGCUGGACGUCAAGUCGUUCCUCGAGGGGAAGAUGGUUGUUCUGUCUCUAGCGAUCGGCCUGGCCGAACAAGACGACUUUGCCAACCUCCCGGAUCUACAGGAAGCGCCGGCGAGCAAAGAGAACGAGCACACGCCAGAGAAGAGAACUCCAGGCAACAAAGCAGGCAGCAGCUCCAGAGGUCAAACACCAGACGAAAGCGGGCGGCGCCAGGGCCACGAUGCCAACUCCUCCGUCUCCGACUUGGCCAACUCAGUCACCAGUGACAUGCUAAUGUUGUCUCCAGGUUCAGAGGAAGAUGAACAUGAAGGUGCCGUGUGUGAGAAGCUGGGUCGGAUCCAGUUCAGCGUGGGCUACAGUUUUCAGGACUCCACUCUCACCGUCAAAAUCCUGAAGGGCCAAGAUUUGCCUGCUAAGGACUUUUCCGGCACCUCCGAUCCAUUCGUCAAACUCUACCUGUUGCCAGACAAGAAGCACAAACUGGAGACCAAAGUGAAGAGGAAGAACCUCAACCCCCACUGGAACGAGACCUUCCUGUUCGAAGGGUUUCCAUACGAGAAGGUGGUCCAGAGGACUUUAUACUUGCAGGUUCUCGACUAUGACCGCUUCAGCCGGAACGAUCCCAUAGGAGAGGUGUCCAUCCCCCUCAACAAACUGGACCUGGCCAACAUGCAGACUUUCUGGAAGGAGCUGAAACCAUGUAGCGAUGGCAGUGGAAGUCGAGGAGAUCUGUUGGUGUCUUUGUGCUACAACCCCACCGCCAACACCAUCACUGUAAGCAUCAUCAAAGCCCGCAACCUCAAAGCCAUGGACAUUGGAGGCACUUCUGACCCCUAUGUUAAAGUGUGGCUGAUGCACAAGGACAAGCGUGUGGAGAAGAAGAAGACGGUGGUAAUGAAACGGUGUCUGAACCCGGUUUUCAACGAGUCCUUCCCCUUUGAUGUGCCUGCCCACGUGCUGAGGGAGACCACCAUAAUUAUCACCGUCAUGGACAAGGACAGGCUCAGUCGCAAUGAUGUCAUUGGAAAGAUUUAUCUUUCCUGGAAAAGUGGCCCCGCGGAGGUAAAACACUGGAAGGACAUGAUGGGGCACCCUCGCACCACCGUGGCCCAGUGGCACGCUCUCAAGGCCUGAGGGACCACGGGCCCAAACUGCCUACAGUGUUCUGUCCUCCUCUGAAUUCAGCAUCAGCCUCUCAGCCCCUAACCUCAGCACACAUCCUCUACUCCCCAAGACUGCAGUCUUGAGCUGCAGAAAAUGUGUCAUCUCUUUGUUCUCAGGCCUCUUUGAUAUCCCCAACCCAGAGUUCUCGUGACACCCUCCUUAAAUUUCACCCUUGUCAAGAUCUGAUGUCCACCUCAUCCCUUUGUCUGAACUGAAAAAUGUCUUUGAUGUCUGUACUCACUCUCUUCUUGUACUCUUUAUAUGAGAUUAGUUUUUCUAGAUAUCUCUUAGUCUGUCCCUCACCUUGUUAACCAUUCUCUGUUUAACAUCAGAGCAGCACCUUUUGCCACACGCGACGCCGACCUGCCGACCAAAACCGGAUCUAGCCGGCAUUGCGACCGUCAGACAGGCCGCACUCGAUCGCCCACCUGAGUGUGAACGGCGCCCACCUCUGCCAACCACCGUCCACGUCCAUCUGGUGUUGCAGCGAGGACUCUCCCACCGGCUCCUCGCCUCUUUGUUGAAGUCCCCUUCCGCAUUCCUGCAUCGCCGCGAAAGAGCGAUGGGCUGUAUUUCAAAGGGAACUGGACUAGAAGUGGACACUCAACUCAUGUUUGAUCUUUUCUCAUUUUCUCUGACGUCACUGUAAUAAUUCUGCUUUGGCUGGAACCCUUUGUUGUCUGUGCGUGCUGUGGGUGAUGUGCUGUAACCCCAAAUGUAGUUCCUCGACGACAACAAAAAAAGGAUAUAACACGAACAUUUAACACCGAUCCGACGUGGACAAGUGUCAAAAAACAUGCUUUUUCUAUUUUCUUGGAAUAGAGAAAUCCCAACUGACAGAAAAAAAGCCAGUCAAGUGAUUAAUGUUGUGUUUAAUUUUUUGGGUUUUCAAAAGAACUUAGAAAAUCAACCUGUUCUUCCAGACACAGAAAAUAAGCAAAAAGCCAGCUUCCAUGCGUGUGGAGGUGUGGGUUACUCUGUGUGUGUUUGUGUUUUUGCGUGUGUGUUUGUGAGAAUCAAUGAGAGAGGGAGAGAGAGUUAUGGACUUGAACAGCUAAAUUAAAGACACUGUUGAAGAGAGCGUUGCCCUUGACAAUGAUGGUGAACAUAAGGCACCGUUUGACCUUGUAGUGUUGAAGCUCGCCAGCGAUGUGGGGAGGUCACAGGUCAGCCCUUGUUUUUCUUUUUCCAAAGUGCAGACACAGUGUGGGAAGAAAUUUUAGACGGUUUAAUAUUUACUGCUGAUCUGUGACAACAAAAGCUUUCUUUUUAUUUUCUUAGAUGCCAUUUUGAGUUAGUUCAGAAAAUUGUUAGUCUUCCAGAUGUUUGCUUCACGGCCUGAAUGUGACCUCCUGCACUGCCCAGAUACAGAAUGUGUAUGAAUGGAAAGAAACGAGACUAAUAAUACGUAGGAGAAAAGUCUUUUUACAUUCCACUUGUUGUUUUUUGUCUACUGGAUGUGUGUGUGUGUGUGUGUGUGUGUGUGUGUGUGUGUGUGUGUGUGUGUGUGUGUGUGUGUGUGUCAAUAUUUGAGCUUCUGUUUGUGUGAUUGUAUUUACUGUGAGUCUCUGUGUUUAUAUCUGCACUGAGUUCUAUUUUGCCAGUUUAAUACAGAAGAACAUUGUUUACCGUUUUUAUUCUGUAUGAAACAAUCCAGAUGUACAAAGAAAUGUGUUUUUUAAAGCUGUCUCGUCUUCAAGAAUCACUGCACUUGUUGGCAACAGCGCUGGAACAAACCUCUCUUCAUAAGCAGAGUUAUUUUCCAAGUCGGCCGCAGUUAUUUGAUUUGCGAGGACGCGAGAUUUGUUACACAAAUUUGAAAUGUCACUAAGCAGCUAUAAGACGACCUUAAGUGUAACCUUAAGUGUUUUCUUUAUCCAGCAUGUACCAGGGUUUGAGUUAAAGACAUACAGUAAGUGACAGCACUUUGUCCUCUCUGUCCUUCCUGUCCGACUCACUGAGGCUAAAAUAAAGGGCGGCUCCGCGGCAUCACAGGUGACGUUGCCCCUGAAACGCCCCGCUGUGCACACAUGCUUUCCAGCACCAAGUGUUCUGUGUGUGCCUUAUGAAAACCUGCCACACCCUGCUCGUCACCAUAUGUGCUCCCUCUGCCAGAGUCAGGGAGGGAGGAAGGUGAGACGGGAGAUAAUCAUCACCUCAGCGUUAGCUACAUCUCAGGUCAGAGCCGAGCACUGGCACGUCCCAAAAUAACCAGAAACACCAUCACCUAACUGUCCGAGUGGCCACAAAGUGUCACGUUAUAACAGCUUAGUGGAAGUCACGUCAAUAAGAGGAGCAUAAGUAUUUAUUAGCUUAUAAAUGAAGUGGCUGUUUCAGUUGAAAUCACACUCCAGUAUUGUUUGUUCACUGUUUACUGACCACAGAUAACAUGCUUUUAAGGGACGAGCUCACAUUUAAAGUUUAGGGCAUUCUGCUUGAGACUAAGAGAGGUUAACCAGCAACAUUUUAAUUUACAUACUGUACAACUGAUUGUGAAGUAUCCUGUAUGGAAAAAACACUCAUCAGUGUAUCGGGGGGGUCUUUGAUAUCUCUGUCCUUGGUAUCGCUGCCCCGUCGUUCACUCCCAUUUCUCUCUGUAUUGACACAUCUGUGGGUGCACAAUGUUAAAUAUCAACCAUUUAUUUUUUGAAAUCUGUACAGUGUACAUACGGAUAUAAAUGUGUAUAUAAAAAAGC